AAGAUAUCAAAGCAAUGCUGAAGGUAUUAUUGUUUUAAGAGUAAAAAAGUGCAAUAAAAAUAUUUAAUUUAUAUAAAAAUACUCAAAUAAUCUGCAUUAAUAAUUGAUCUUAUGAAGGAACUGGAUCACCAGCAACAUCGCAUAAUAACAAACCAAAGACCAUACUGGCCAAGCCUAGGGCGUUUCAAGGCUAAAAAUAGACCCAAAAGGGGUUGGUGGCACCGUUGUUUGCUACCAAAAAGCGGCGUUCCGCUACUCAUACAUCGCGUAUACGUAAUUGCCUGGUUCAAUGAGAAACGCCCAAUUAGUGGGUUUUUCUCGCUUUGUUUCAGAGCUGCCAAGCCUGGCUUGGAAACCCAGCUCUCAGCCGAGUUCGGUGGAAAGUGGACAACGAAAUCGGUAGUAGCAACAAUAACGACACCUGACGCAACUAUGGCCGAAUAGACGAGCGCUGAUUUAUCUCUCUUUUAAGUUCUCCGUAUCAAGCUGUCAACGCGUUAUUUUAGCUCCAGACGCGCUGUGAGUUACACGCGCCUUGCAGCUCACCUGAAACCCAGAAGUUUGAUGCCGUAAAAAUCGCAACGCAUCGAAGUGCAAUUAGCCAAAAAACAAAUAAAUAACGCGACAAAAUACAACAAAAAUCCCGUUUUCGGCAGCUCUGAAUAUCCGUUCUGUGCUCUUCCGUGUUGUGUUGUCUCGCAAAAAGGUGUAUAAAAGGUAAUCCAGCCUCAAAAUGAUAUUCGGACGCUGGACGCGUAAGCAAAUACUCACGAUGUUUGGCCUGGGAGCUGCCCUUCUGGGAGUUGUGAUUGUGAUCGGUGUCCUUAACAGCAGUGCCUCCUCCAAGGAGCUUCCCUGGAACGAUGCGGCCAGAUCGAAGUGCUACAAGACCAGUCCCAACACCACGCACUCCACCUUGGAAUUAGUGCACAUUGUGUUCAGACACGGCAUUCGCACGCCUGUCGACACGUAUCCCAAGGAUCCGUACCUCAAGGAUGGCUUUAAGCCAACGGGCUGGGGACAUGUGACCAAUUCCGGAAAACGAGAACUCUUUGAAAUGGGUCGUUGGCUGCAUCGCCGCUAUGGGGACUUUAUGGGACCCUACUACAAACCCGAUCGACUCCAUGCCCAAGCCACUGCCUCUCCGCGAGCAAUGAUGUCCUUGCAGACAACAUUGGCCAGCAUGUUUGAGCCCCGCGGAACCCCGAUGGAGUGGAACAAACACCUCAACUGGCAGCCCAUUCCCAUUGUAUCCGAACCCCUGGACGAGGAUUCGUUGCUGCUAGUUCGUACACCCUGCCCCCGUUACUUCGAGGCCCUCGAGGAGGUCUUUAAGAGACCAGAAGUAGUUGCAGAAACGGAACCCUAUGAGCAAAUGUUCCGGGAGCUGACUAAUUUAACCGGAAAACUGGUUCAGAGUGCCGAGGAUGUAAAUUCCCUUUACAUAACCCUGUUGGCUGAACAGGAGUUUGGCUAUAAGCUGCCGGAAUGGACCAGGGACUACUUUCCCGAUCGCAUGCAGUUCCUGGCCGAGCAGAGCUACGUUUACAACGCUUACACGCCUGAGAUGCAGAAGAUCAAGGGCGGGCCUUUCCUAAAGAAAAUGUAUAAAGAAAUGGUCGCCAAGAGAGCCGGCAGCCUGAAGCCAAAGGACCGAGGAAUGUAUAUCUACACAGGUCACGACUGGACCGUUGGUAAUAUAUUGUCCGCCCUGGGCGUUUGGAAGCGCCAAAUGCCCAGGUUCGCUGUGAUGGCCAUCUUCGAGACUCACAGGGACAAGGAGACGGGAGAAUACUAUGUGGAGAUCUUCCUCCGCAACGACGAGCACGGGUGCGUGGAGCAGCUGCAGCUGAGGGACUGCGACCGGCGGUGCCCUCUGAGUCGCCUGAUCGAACUGAGUGCCGACGUUCUCCCCAACGAGUCGGUGGAGCAGAGGUGCCGACCCCAUGACGCCAACUUCGUGGAGCCGCCACCGCGUAUAAUCGAUCAGACUGGCCGUUAGCGAGAAGCGUGUAGCCAAAAGUGAAAUGUUUGCACUCAGUAUUACCAUGUGAAUAAAAAUAUGCAUAUACUCUACAGAAUAAAAAUCCCCAAAAUAUAUAACAGA